GGCUUUAAGGAGAAGGAUGAAUUAAUAAAUAAAUGGAAGGGGGGAAGGGAAAGCGCGCCCGGGGGCACCCCGAGUCGAGGCGGACAAAGGGAGGACGAUGCCGCCGCCACCGGCCCGGCUCGGUUCGGCUCCGCUGGGCGCGGAGCUGCCGCCCCUUUGUUCGGCGCGGCAGCGAGGGGCGAUCCGCGCCAGCCCCGCCACCGCCACCGCCACCGCCAGCGCCAGCACCGCAGCGGCAGCGGCGGCAGCAGCGGCAGCCCCACCGCCCGCCCGCGCUCCCGCCCGGGAGGUGCCGGUACCUGUGUCCGCUGGCCGCGGUGCCUGCGCGCCGCUGCGCCCCUGCGGCGGUGCGGCGCGUCCGGCGGAGCGGUGCGGCGCGACUAGCAGCGCCGAGCAGGAGGAAACGAGUGCCCUCCUCACAGAAAAAGCAUCCCACGGCGCUGUCACCGCGGCUGCCCGUCCCUGCGCCUGGGCCCUGGCUCUGCUCCUCCGCGCCCGCUUUUCUCCCCGGCCCCACGGGGGACUGGAGUCUGGAGCCGGUGCCGCUCUACCAACCAGGCUUUGGGGACAGGUUUGUUCCCGGAGCCGUCUGCUGCUGGAGGAGGCAACACGGGAGCGCGGUCUGGCAGGUGCCUGGGAGGCUGGGACAUCUCUGCUCUGCCCUGCCGCCUCCCAAACGCGCGGUCCCCGACACCGGAAAGUCCCGGUCGCAGCGGGAGAACAAAGUACGGCCGGGGCGAUCGGCGGUGAAAAUGAGCGGGGCAGUGUUUUGUUUUGCGUCGGGUUUCACAGAACCGAAAGCAGGUCCUCUUCCCCUGCAGGCGAACGGGCAUAUGACUCAAACAUGUCCUUCCUCUCCUACCUGCAUCCCCCGGUUCUUUAAAUGAGAAACCUUGUUUUCAUUGUUUGGCUGCUAGAGGGAACAUGAUGUUUCAUGGACUCAGGACCAAGAUGGGGCACGGACAAAGAGGAGAUUUUGCAGGGAUUGGGAAGAUUUUACAAGUAUAGAUUAAAAUUUAAAAAACUGAGGUUCAUCCAGGCACGAAGUCCAGCAGAAAUGCAGGAGAGAAAUGGACAGCACUGUCUGUAAAGGAUUGUGUAAGCAAGAAUGGCAAAACCAUGGUCUGAAUAAAUCCAUUGCACUAAUGAUUUUCUAUAUAUGAAUUUCCUGUAUAAAGUUAUAUGGGGUCAGUCUUUGGGGUUCCCCUGUAUAGCAGAGGAUCCUGAGCCUGAAAAAGAGAAGCAGAUUUUGUAAGGGAUUUGAAUAUCAUGGAGUGACUCUGGAUUGCAGAUUUUAAGCAUUACUAAAUCAGGGAAUAAAUUGUUGCUAUUGCUGUUACAUACCAGGAUAUCUCACUAAUCCACACAAUCCACUAAGUUGCUGUAGUUUUAGUCUGUGUUUAUUUUAGAUGAAAUUAUGGCCUGGACAGUUAAUUUUUCUUAGUUUAUCCAUAUAAAUCAAAUAUAAAUAAGGUAUCAAACAGAAACCAAAACAUGACCUGUGUUUUUAGUACACUCCCCAUCAUGUGAACCUGCCAAUGAUAGAGCUCUGCACCCGGUUUACAAGUCAAACACAAAGGCAAAGAAAAACCACAGGUCUUCUUGAAAAGUAGCCAGUUGGCAUUAAAUUCCCUUGCUUUAAUGCUCUGGCUAGCCUAUUUUGCUUAUAUUUGAGACUGCCUAGCCAUUAUGGGAUUGCCUGCACUGGUCCUUUCCUUACAUCAAGCUAAUUACAAAUUAACUUAAGGCACUUAGCUGGGCUGAGAGGCUGGAGCUGGUCCUUUCUGAGUUUGGAAAUGCCUUUUGCUUUACAGUGGCUGAUUCCUAAAGUGAGGGGCAAACACACAGGAACCAAACUGGAACCAAAGUGGUCACACUGGCUUUUGAAAAAAGUGAGCCUCUCAAGUUAACUGACAGUCAGCUACCUGGAAAUAAAAGCCUCUCAUAUAUCCAAAGGUUUUCACUGGGAUUUUCAAGAUCGCCUGGGCAAUUUAAAAUCCUUCAAAGGAAUGCACUAUAGAAUGAGAAAUAUAAGUAUUAUUAAAGAAUGUUGCUGAACUGAAAGCCAGCCAGUUUCAUAAAAAUGAGCUAAAAAAGUAAUAACAGGUAGUCUGUCUCCUGCUGGAUGCUAUAUGAACCGUAUGUUUUGUAUUUUGGAAGUCACUCUAAAACAAUGUUUUUUUCUUCACUAUUGCUGUUGGGAAGAACAGUAGAAGAACUAUGUAUAAAUGAGAUUAAAGUAAUCUAAUUAAAAAAAAUAAACAAUGUGCUUUCAUCUUCAA